AGAGAGAGAGAGAGAGAGGGAAUGUUGAGGUUAUGGUUCGGCUUCGUCGAAUGCCGACGAGAGCCUCGGAUUGAGGGCAUAUCGUGAUUAUCAGUGAUAAAUCGCGAGGUAUAAGCGAAAUAAUCGGAGGGCAUUCGUUGAAUCAAUCAAAGAGGACUGUAGAAUGCGGAUGGUUGUAGGCGAAUUCGCAAAGUCGUCUACAACUGCGAUAGAUUUCCCGUUCUCGAAGAGGUGACCGUUGAUCACGUCCGUUCGACCGAGAAUCAUGAAUGUGACAAGCGCCGACGAUGUUUGCAAGCCGUACAAACCGCCCCCUGCGAAAUGCGACUUCCUACAUGUCUCGUGCAACUGGUGGGUCACUAACGGCAAGCUAUUUCACCACGUCAUCACCACCACGCCGUUGCACGCGUCUGAAAAAAUAAGCUUAGCGGACAUAGUUACCCUGGAUACCUGUAUCUCUCUGGAACCGACGGAGUCAGAAUCAGCUGAACCUUGUAUGCUGGAUAUCAGAGUGAAAAAUCACCAGAAAAUAGCACGUAUCGCUGUCGUCUCCGAGGCCAACGUCCUGGAGUUCUUCAAGCAGUCGGGCGAAUAUGAGACAACGAUAUUUGCGGAUUUCAUCGACGAGUUCAGGAAUAAUUCCGUGUACUUGGCAGAAACAGCUAUACAACCUCCUAGUACCGAAGCUAGUAUUAAGUUUACCAGAACAAGAAAUAAAGGCACGACAAUGUGGAUAUACGGUGUGAGACUCGUUUUGACAGAUCCGCCAAAAGACACGAAAACCGACAUCUUCAAUUAUGAUGUCAUUCAGACUUUUCUCAGCAAUGUAAACGGAGAAAAGACGCGCAGAGGAGCUGACAUGGCAAAGAAAAUGCUCGAAUGUUUCAAUGUGGAAGAAAUUACAAUCAAUGAGCAGUGUUGUCAGAGGAGUCUGGAAACUCUUACUCUGGACUCGCUGACGAACGCUUUCGUGUGUAAAAAUGGAAUCUUGAAAACAGAUAAUGAAAAAGAAAGUUCAAGCCAUGCGGAUGACUCUAAAAAAUUGGAUGUAGAUGUCAAAAUGUACAUCGACAACAAAUUUCAUGACAUGGAAAAGAGAUUGAUGCAAAGGAUGGACGAGAUGGAAGUUACUACUAAUCAGAAAUUAGAUGCCAUUUUGCGAAAACUGGAAACAAUUGCGUAUUUGAAGUAAAUGUUAACUUUUGACCUUGACUUUUGAUACUUAAAUAAAUUUGUGUAUUUGUAUAACGUAAAUAGAGAAUCAUAUAACAUAUAAAAACUAUAUCCAAUAUCCAAUAAAAUUUAGUAAGAUUUAGAAACAUAAGAUGAGGUAAAUGAAAUAUGUAUCUUUUAAUUUAACACAGAAAUUCAAAUUUCUUUAAUAAAAUAAGUCGAAAUUUUUAUUUGUAUUAGAGAGUGAGUAUAUCAUUAAUAUUAUUUACACAUAUAUCAGAAGUUACUCUAUAUGCAUUUCUAUAGACGGAUUUUGUGUAAGAAAAAUAUAUAAAACAUUGCACAAUUUCAAGUUUA